CCAGACCAGACCAGACCAGACCAGACCAGACCAGGGACAAGACCCACCAAGACCAGACCAGACCAGACCAGGCCAGAGACAAGACCGGUUGCAGGCUCCAAACCGGCUCACAAAAGACUCCCUGGUCCACCCAGCUCUCUCGGACUAUGUCUCCUUAGAGUUUGACCAGUGUUGUCCUACUGGGGAACUUAGCGAGGGGGAAGACGACACCCUCCUACCGCCUGGAGGAACCCCCUCCGGCCGCCUCAGCAGCAGCGAGAUGGUCCAGGGCAUCCAGGAGAUCGCAGCCAUGCUGGUGGGUCUGGUGGGCCUGGUCGGCGUGGCGGCCACCACCGGCAUGCCCAUGUGGAAGGUGACGGCCUUCAUCGGCGAGAACAUCAUCGUCAUGGAGACGCGGUGGGAGGGCCUCUGGAUGAACUGCUACCGGCAGGCCAGCAUCCGCAUGCAGUGCAAGGUGUACGACUCCCUGCUGUUCCUCCCGCCCGACCUCCAGGCGGCCCGGGGCCUCGUGUGCUGCUCCCUGGCGCUCUCGGGCCUGGGCCUGCUGGUGGCGCUGGCCGGGAUGCGCUGCAUCUCCUGCGUCCAGGGCAACGAGCGCGCCAAGGUGGUCAUCCUGAUGGCGGCCGGGGGCAUGCAGCUGGUGGCGUGCGUGUGCAUCCUCAUCCCCGUGUCGUGGACGGGUCACGUGAUCAUCCGGGACUUCUACAACCCCCUGCUGAUCGACGCCCAGCGGCGGGAGCUGGGGGAGGCGCUGUACAUCGGCUGGGUGACCGGCGCGUUCCUCUUCGCCUCGGGGUGCCUGUUCGCCUGCCGCCGCCUGCCCGAGGACAAGGGGGCGUACCACCAGGGCGUCCGCUACCCCCAGAUGAGGUACGACCCCGUGUCCAGCGUCUCGACAGGCCCGCUGCCCCCGUCAGCGGCGGGCCACGGCCUGACCAUGCAACCGGCGCCGUAUCAGGACAACAGAAUGGCGGUGCCGUUCCAUCCCAACGGUCAGUUUUACCCGGUGGAGAGCGGCGGCCAUGCCGUGUUCCCGCCGGCGUCCAUAGCCCACAGCUCCGGCGGCCACUACCUGGGGAGCGUGCCGACCCGGGAGACGUCCGUGUACGCGAGUCACCCGAGCACGUCGUUGUACACACUGCAGCCCAUGCCGCCCAUGCUGGCCCACCACCCCUCCAUGUCGAGCAGCCACAGCCAGUACACCGUCAAACCCUCGAUGCCCGGACACCAGCCACACUCCAUGUCCACUUACACGGGGUCCUCCAGCUUCCACCCUGUCCCACAGAACCCCCUUUUCAUCCGCUACCACGAGUCCAGGGUGGAUCCGGGGUCCAACAGCGGUACAAGCAGAGGUGGCGUUUACAUAUGAAGAGGGGGGGGUUCUGGUUGAGUUCCACGGUGAAGGCCGUUUAAUAUCGCACUGAACAUUUUAAAGAAAAUGUAUUUAAAUGAAAGAAAAUUUACUUUUAGUGGACAACUUAAUGGCAAAUGUGCUGUAACACGUGUGUAUGUUAUAUAUGUAUAUAAACGUACUUAAUCGGUGGUUCUACUGCGGUUGUCCUUUGUUUAGUACAUAUAAUAGGAGACGGGUGUGAACUGGUUUUCCAACUGUUUUCAGUAAACAAAGAUGGCACUAUGGGUGGGAUGUCUGAGGGCAGAACCAAAACAAUGAGCCCGUAUGAAACCAAUAGAACUUUUUUUGUAUCCUUCUAUUUAUCUUGUGUUUAGAUGGGAUUUCAUGAAGCAGGGGAUCAUUAUUUAACAAUUGUAAAUCUAAAUGUACAUAGAGACCUCAUUAAUUUAGACACUGACUUUUAAAAGCACUAACCAGCAUUCAAUAUGGUUUAAAAAAAUGUUUGUGUCUCAAUCCAUUCUAUUCAAGUAGGCUAGUUUAUGUUAUUUGUAGUCAUAAUAAAUCUAGUUG